CACGCUGUCAGCCGUAGGAUGUCUAUGUGCGGCUGUGUGGUCAUGUGACGCGAGGCUGGGCCUGGCAUGGCGGCCGUAGUGAGGGUUAUGCACUGAGCUCCCGGUAAUUCAAACCUCUAGGCUUCAUACGAGGCUACCCGGCCGGCUAUAUGGCGGAGAGAGGAGGCUUCGAGCUGUCAGCCCUCCCGAAGGAGGUGAGAGAACAGCUGGCCGAGCUGGAGCUCGAGCUGUCAGAAGGAGACAUUACGCAAAAGGGCUAUGAAAAGAAAAGGGCAAAGCUUCUGGCUCCAUAUAUCCCGCAGACUCAAGGUGUGGACCCAGCACUACAAAAAGAUAAUAGAAACCAAACAGCAACUGGAUCACCAUCUGUUCAUGCACAGUCCCAAUCAUCCUCCAAAUACCAUAGAGCCAGAUCUGGAGGAGCUAGAGAUGAGCGCUAUCGCUCAGAUAUUCAUACAGAAGCAGUCCAAGCCGCACUGGCAAAACAUAAGGAACAGAAGAUGGCACUGCCCAUGCCAACCAAAAGGCGCUCAACGUUUGUGCAGUCUCCAGCAGAUGCAUGUACACCUCCAGACACUUCAUCGGCCUCCGAGGAUGAAGGUUCGCUGAGACGCCAGGCUGCUCUGUCUGCAGUGCUUGCUCAAAGUUUACAAAACACGGAAUCCUGGAUUAACAAGUCUGUGCAGGGAUCAUCAACCUCAUCCUCCGCCUCAUCUACCUUGUCACAUGGAGAUGUGAAGAGUACCAGUAGUUCUCUUGCUGAUAUGCUAGCCAAUAUGCACAUCGAAAGCUCCCUGGCUCCUCCUGAUGUCACAAGCACCACAAAUACAACUACAUCCUCCUCUUCUUCCUCAUCUUUGUCCUCUGUACGCCCAGCAAAUAUUGAUCUGCCUCCCGCUGGGCCGGUAAAAGGGAUGCACAAAGCAGGGCGAAGGUCUAGCCUUAUGGACACUGCAGAUGGUGUUGCUGUCAGCAGUCGUGUAUCUACAAAAAUCCAGCAGUUACUUAACACAUUAAAGCGACCAAAAAGACCACCAUUAAAGGAGUUUUUUGUAGAUGAUUUUGAAGAGAUUGUUGAAGUUCCCAGGCCAGACCCCAACCAACCAAAACCAGAGGGUCGCCAGAUGACUCCAGUGAAGGGAGAGCCUCUCGGUGUAGUGUGUAGUUGGCCUCCAUCCAUUGAAGCUGCUUUGCAACGGUGGGGUACAACGCAAGCUAAAUGUUCCUGUCUCACAGCUCUGGAUGUGACGGGGAAACCUGUCUAUACGUUGACGUAUGGCAAACUGUGGACCAGAAGUGUGAGGUUGGCAUACACACUACUUAACAAACUGGGAACCAAAAACGAACAAGGGCUAAAACCAGGUGACAGGGUUGCGCUGGUUUAUCCCAAUAAUGAUCCAGUCAUGUUUAUGGUAGCAUUUUAUGGCUGUCUGCUGGCAGAAGUUAUCCCAGUGCCGAUUGAGGUACCUCUUACAAGAAAGGAUGCUGGUGGACAUCAGAUUGGGUUCCUGCUGGGAAGCUGUGGUGUGAAGCUUGCUCUUACCACUGAGGUUUGCUUAAAAGGACUGCCAAAAACACAGAAUGGAGAAAUUGUGCAAUUCAAGGGAUGGCCAAAACUCAAGUGGGUUGUGACCGACUCCAGAUACCUGACCAAGGCACCAAAGGAUUGGCAACCACAUAUCACAGCAGCUGGCACAGAACCUGCCUACAUUGAGUACAAGACCAGUAAGGAAGGCAGCGUUAUGGGGGUCACUGUGUCACGAAUAGCAAUGCUUUCUCAUUGUCAAGCUGUUUCGCAGGCCUGUAACUAUACAGAAGGUGAAACUAUGGUGAAUGUGCUGGAUUUCAAGAGAGAUGCUGGCCUAUGGCAUGGCAUGCUAACGAAUGUAGUAAACAAGAUGCACACAUUCAGUGUUCCAUACUCUGUGAUGAAAGCCUGCCCGUUAUCUUGGGUGCAGCGUGUCCAUGCACAUAAAGCCAGGGUUGCUGUAGUGAAAUGUCGGGACCUGCACUGGGCAAUGAUCGCACAUCGAGAACAGAAGGAUAUCAGUUUGGCCUCACUCCGCAUGCUCAUUGUGACAGAUGGUGCUAAUCCGUGGUCUGUCUCAUCUUGUGAUGCUUUCUUGAGUCUCUUUCAAAACUACGGGUUGAAACCUGAAGCAAUUUGCCCAUGUGCCACGUCCCCAGAAGCCAUGACAGUAGCCAUUCGAAGGCCAGGAGUACCUGGUGCUCCACUGCCAGGAAGAGCAAUUUUGUCUAUGAACGGAUUGAGCUAUGGUGUUAUUCGGGUGAAUACUGAAGACAAGAAUUCCGCUCUCACAGUACAAGAUGUUGGACAUGUAAUGCCCGGAGGUGUGAUGUGUAUAAUAAAACCCGAAGGUGUGCCUCAGUUAUGUAAAACUGAUGAGAUAGGCGAGAUCUGUGUCAGUUAUAGAGGAGGAGGUAUUUCCUACUAUGGAUUGGCAGGAGUUACAAAGAAUACAUUUGAGGUCUUACCACUUAGUGCCACUGGGACCCCAGUUGGAGACACUCCUUUCACAAGGACUGGAUUAUUGGGAUUCGUAGGACCUGGAAGCCUUGUGUUUGUAGUAGGAAAAAUGGACGGGACUCUGAUGGUGAGCGGACGGCGGCACAAUGCGGAUGACAUUGUAGCAACUGCUUUGGCCGUGGAGUCAUUUAAAACCUUGUACAGAGGAAGGAUUGCUGUGUUCUCCGUCACUGUUUUCUAUGAUGAAAGGAUUGUGGUGGUGGCAGAGCAGCGACCUGAUGCCUCUGAAGAGGAUUCAUUCCAGUGGAUGAGUCGUGUUCUGCAGGCCAUCGAUAGUAUCCACCAAGCGGGAGUGUACUGUCUUGCUCUUGUUCCUGCUAACACGUUGCCAAAAACUCCACUUGGAGGAAUCCACUUAUCCCAAACUAAACAGCACUUUCUGGAAGGCACCUUACACCCAUGUAACAUCCUCAUGUGUCCUCACACGUGUGUAACUAAUUUGCCAAAGCCACGGCAAAAGCAGCCAGGAGUUGGCCCCGCCUCUGUUAUGCUUGGUAAUCUGGUUGCAGGAAAGAGAAUAGCUCAAGCAUCAGGGAGGGACCUUGGACAGAUUGAAGAAAAUGACAUGGCAAAAAAGCAUCAGUACCUGACUGAGAUCCUUCAGUGGAGAGCACAGACAACACCUGAGCACAUUCUCUUCAUACUUCUCAAUGCCAAGGGAACGGCUAUUUGUACAGCUACCUGUCUGCAAUUACACAAGAGAGCAGAAAAGAUAGCCGCAGCUUUGGUGGAAAAAGGACAUCUCAAUGUUGGGGAUAAUGUGGUGCUUCUCUAUCCUCCCGGAGUUGAAUUGAUUGCAGCAUUUUAUGGGUGUUUGUAUGCUGGCUGCAUUCCAGUAACGGUCCGGCCUCCACACGCUCAAAACCUCACAGCAACCUUACCUACAGUGCGAAUGAUUGUAGAUGUUAGUAAAGCUUCCUGCAUUCUCACUACGCAAUCUUUAUUGAGAUUACUAAAGUCCAAAGACGCAGCAGCAGCGGUAGAUGUGAAAACAUGGCCAACCAUCAUAGACACAGAUGAUUUGCCCAGAAAGCGAAUACCUCUGAUGUAUAAACCACCAACACCUGAAAUGCUGGCCUACCUCGAUUUCAGUGUUAGCACCACAGGCAUGCUCACAGGGGUCAAGAUGUCCCAUGGAGCUGCAAAUGCACUUUGCCGGGCGAUAAAGCUGCAGUGUGAGCUGUACUCCACGCGUCAGAUCGCGAUUUGUCUGGAUCCAUAUUGUGGGCUUGGCUUUGUACUUUGGUGCCUUUGCAGUGUUUACUCUGGUCAUCAAUCUAUAUUAAUUCCUCCUAUGGAGUUGGAAUCCAACCUUUGCCUGUGGCUAUCUGCAGUUAGUCAGUACAGGAUUAGAGACACAUUCUGUUCUUAUUCUGUAAUGGAGAUGUGUUCUAAGGGUCUUGGAAGUCAGAUCGAGGUGCUAAAGACUAAAGGAAUAAACUUGUCCUAUGUGCGGACCUGCGUAGUGGUGGCAGAAGAACGUCCAAGAGUUGCUCUCACGUAUUCCUUUUCUAAGCUUUUCAAAGAUAUCGGUCUUUCUCCUCGUGCUGUCAGUACUACGUUUGGAUCAAGAGUAAAUACUGCUAUAUGUUUACAGGGAACCUCAGGGCCAGAUCCAACAACCGUAUACGUGGAUCUCAAAUCCCUUCGGCAUGACAGGGUACGAUUGGUGGAAAGAGGAUCCCCUCAGAGCCUACUCCUUUUGGAAUCUGGAAAGAUUUUGCCUGGCGUCACAGUGAUAAUUGUAAACCCAGAGACCAAAGGGCCCAUUGGAGAUUCUCAUCUUGGUGAGAUCUGGGUGAACAGCCCCCACACAGCCAGCGGAUAUUACAUGAUCUAUGACAGCGAGAGUCUGCAGGCUGACCAUUUUAAUACCAGACUAAGCUUUGGAGACACGCACACACUUUGGGCAAGAACCGGUUACCUGGGCUUUGUGCGCAGAACAGACCUGACAGAUGCAAGUGGAGGACGGCAUGAUGCCUUGUUUGUUGUUGGCGCACUGGAUGAAACUCUGGAGUUAAGAGGACUGCGCUACCAUCCUAUCGAUAUUGAGACCUCUGUGUCACGCACACAUCGGAGCAUUGCAGAAUGUGCUGUGUUCACAUGGACCAAUCUUCUGGUGGUGGUAGUGGAGCUUUGCGGCUCUGAACAAGAGGCUCUGGAUUUGGUUCCUCUGGUGACCAAUGUGGUGCUGGAAGAACAUUACCUGAUCGUAGGUGUGGUAGUGGUGGUGGACCCAGGAGUCAUUCCAAUAAAUUCCAGGGGAGAGAAACAACGGAUGCACCUAAGAGACAGUUUCUUAGCUGAUCAACUAGAUCCAAUCUAUGUUGCAUACAACAUGUAAAGAGACUUAAACCACUGGAAGAAAAAAUAAUGCCAGGUUAUUAUUUUUGUCAAAAUUUCACAAUGCUUGACGAUAGUUUGAUAAUGUGUAUUAUCUUUUUAGCAUAAUCUCUAGUGAAUCAUGGUCUGUCUGCAUUAUUUUAUGAAAGGGAACACUGUGCUAAAGUAGUAUUAAAAGCAGAUCACUGGACUUUUUUUUAGCUAAACUGCAGAACUAUCUGUAUGAGCGGAGUGGGCCAUGCAUCCCCACAUCUCCCUAAAGGGCAUCCUACCGCGUACACAAGUUUAAUGUGGAUCUGCAGUGGAGAUUUUAUUUAAUUCCAGAAGGGUUUAAUUUUCUUAAAUCCUUCAUAUUAGGAGCUGUAAUGUUGUUUUGUCUUAAAUUAACAAUAGGUAGUAAAUAGCUUCUUCAUAAUGGUGCCAUGAGUGUACUCCUCCAGCGCAGCAGAGCUUGCAUUAUGUUUAGCCAUGCAAGUGCUAAGCGGGGAUGGGGGUGUUCAGUUUAGGAAAGGAAAUUUACUAAAAUUUAGAUUUUUUUUUUUUUUCAUUUAGAUAGGUCUUAAAUGUAAAAUAUUCUGCCUAUAUUUUAAAUAUGUAAAUAUUAAUAUAACAUUAUCAACAUUCAAAUCCACUUGUGGUAAAUAUGGAGUUGAUGUUGAUUGUUUUAUGGCAGUUGGAGGGGGGCUUAGUUUUUUUGUGUUUUUUUUUUUUUUAAAUAUGUUUUCACUAUAUUAAUGCAAAGGCAUGCAAACUAUGGCUCUCUAUCUGUAUGAGCAAUGCGGUUCCCAGCAGGCCCUGGACUGGCAGUGCAUGCUGGGACCUGUAGACCAAAGUCAGUUAGGAGGGUUAUCAUUUCCUACAGCUAUGUGCACACAGCUUGUCUUCUCGCCUAUCUUGUCUUUAUUCAGUUUUUGGCAAAGUCUUCUAAAAACCAGGGUAGAGGCUUAAACGGUGUCGGCAAUGACAAUUGGGAAAUUCUGUCACUUACCAGAAGGGCUGAUAUAUCAGAGCACCUAUGGGCUUGUGUGAUGCUGCUAGGGUUGCUUAGUUUUUGUCAGCCACCCUAUAGCAAAACAUGGAAGCUAAAUGCCUAACAACAUACCUUAGCAGUGCUGGAGAUUCGUUUCACUUAUCAGAGAUGUCUAUUGCAUGGAGUUUUAUGUUUUUUCCAUGUUUGCAUGAAUUUCCACUUCCCCACAAAGGAAAAACAGUUUUCUGGUAAAAAAAAGAAA